AUGCAGCCGCGGCACACGCCGACCUGCCACUAUGGCCCUCCGAUCGAUGAGGAGAAGGGACAGCAAAAGGUGCUGGUGAGCAGCAAGAAGCUGCGCGCGUGUGAGGAGGAGGUGAAUGCGCGGCUGCGCUACCUCGGCUACCAGCUGGUUUUUGGUUCCGGCACCGGCGGUGCCGACGACGACCCGUGUCAAUCGCGGUACGGGACGUUGGCCGCCGCGCAGCGGGCUUGCGGGCAGAUGCCGUCCUGCAGGCGCGUCCUUACGCUGCGGACCGCUACUCCUUGCGUCGUUGGAAUGGAUGCGACGGACGACGCAGGCAAUAUCGAGGGCUGGCUUGCAAAGGAGCGGCCUGCGAUGCAGUCCAGCGAGCCAGUCACCCGCGGUGAGGUGGCCGAGGCUGCAGAGGGGAUGUUUCCCGACGUCGCUGGCUACAGCCGCAUCGAGCAAGAGGCGCGCGCGCUGCACGCGACGUGGCCAGCGGACAGGCCGCGAGCUGUCGUGCUCACCUUGGCCUUUCCGUUACAUCUGGGCGAAUACUCUAUUCGUGGCAGGAGACUAGCACAGAGCUACAGCAAGCGGACUGGCGGCGAGUGCACCCAGCUGCAGUCGAUUCUGCAGUCGACGCGCAAUCUUCGACGUGAGAUGGGCCGCUGGCCAGGCGGCGCUUAUCCCCUCGCCGUGUGGAACCCCGACAUGGACGAAAAGGACAUGGCAGAGAUCCGCGCGGCUGGCAGCGGCCUGCCUGCCGUGUGGUUCCCUCGGAUCGCAUUUGACGAGCGCGCGCUGGCCCGUUACCACAGGCACGAGGAAGUGCUGCGGCUCUUCCGCGCCAUGCACCCCUUCGACAACGUCUCGAUUCCGACGGCGUGGCACGGCUUCGGCUACCGGCAGAUGUGCCGCUUCUUUGCAGGGAUUAUCUUCCACGCGCCGGUGAUGCGCGAGUUCGACUUUUACCUCCGCAUCGACGGCGGCGACUCUCGCCUCACGUCCCUCGCGCCAACCGACCUGUUUGCCAUGUUCCAGCAGCGCCAGCUCGCGUACGGCUAUCUCGCGGUGCAUGCCGACCGCGGCUGGAUUGACGUCGGCCUCGGCUCGCUCGUAAGCGCCUUCGCCGCGCUACCCGGCGUCAACUUUGACGAGCAGCUGGUCGCGCCCUUUGUCGCGGGAGGAGGGGCGCAGCUCCCACUGCUCUACAACGGAAGCUAUUACUACAACAACUUUGAAAUGGUCGACAUGCGUCCCUUUCGCGCGCGGCGCCUUUGGAGCUUCUUUCGAUUCGUGGACCGCUCCCACGCGUUCCUCCACAAUGCGAUUGGCGACGCGGACUUUCGAAGCCUCGCCGUGGCUCUCAUCCUGCAGCCAAAGAACGUGCACCGGCUCUCGACAAAGGAGGCGGGCUACUACCACCCAUUGCCCUGGUGCUUCACGGGCAGGCCGCCCCCACUCAUGCUCCAGGGAUCGGACCGCCAGGGGGGCUUCCGUGUAGAGGUGGCAGCAACGUGCACAGGCCGCAGGCACGUGCCAUAG